AUGAUAAAGCGAGGAAUUAGAUCGUUUCGAGUUUUGUCACACUUGGGAAUUGGUAUUUAUGAACAAGGGCUUUUGAAAUCUUACAAAGUUCCAUCACCGAAGGAAUUGAAAUCGUUCUUAGAUGACUAUGUCGUUGGCCAAACGACUGGGAAGAAAGUGUUGAGUGUCGCAGUGUACAAUCAUUAUCUGCGGGUCUUCGACAAGCAAAAACGUGUUGAUAUGCUUCAGCAGGCCGAAUUACUAGAGAAACAGCGGUUGGAAGCUGAUAAAAGUGAGCCAAUUUACAGUGCAAGUACCGAAUCUCAGGCUGGUUAUAAUAAUCUUAAAUUGCAAUUGGAGAGUCAAAUGGAUCCAGGAGAUCAAGAAUUAGAGCUUUCCAAGAGUAAUGUAUUGGUCGUGGGGCCUUCAGGAUCUGGUAAAACGUUACUGGCGUCCACUUUAGCACGCAUAUUGGAUGUGCCCAUUGCAAUAACAGAUUGCACGCAAUUGACGCAGGCCGGUUACAUUGGAGAAGAUGUGGAAGUAUGCAUCGAAAGGUUGCUUGUAAAUUCGAAUUACGAUGUAGCUAAGGCUGAAAGAGGCAUCAUAGUGCUGGACGAAGUCGACAAAUUGGCUAAACCAGCGGCUAGUAUAGGAACCAAGGACGUUUCCGGUGAAGGAGUUCAACAGUCUCUACUUAAGAUUUUAGAGGGCCAUAAAGUUGAAGUCACGGUCAAACGGCCCGUGAAUAAAAAGAAAGACGCACAAAAUAAUCAGAUAACCGCCAAAAAGGAGGAAACAUUCGUGGUCGAUACUUCAAAUAUUUUGUUCAUGUUAAUGGGUGCUUUUGUGGGACUUGACAAGCACGUUGUAAAAAGAAUAGAGCAGCUGAAAUUCCCCCAGGGCAAGAAGGAUUCCAAAAACAAUGACAUCACUAAGUUGAGAUUCAGUUCAUCUGUCGAAAGAAUUGAUUUGGGCAACGGUAAAGAGACGUCUGCUUUAAAUCUCGUUACACCAACCGACCUUGUGAGUUUUGGGAUAAUACCUGAAUUGAUUGGAAGGGUACCAGUCAUUACUGCUCUUGAACCUCUCCACAAAUCGGAUUUAUAUCACAUUUUAAAAGAGCCCAAAAAUGCGCUUCUCAACCAGUACUGUUAUGUCUUCAAGCAAUUCGGAGUAAAACUCUGUGUUACCGAGAAGGCACUGUUGAAAAUUGCCAAUUUUGCACUCGAAGAAGGAACAGGUGCUCGUGGGCUCAGAGGAAUCAUGGAGCGUGUAUUGCUCAAUGUUAACUACGAGUGUCCAGAAUCUGGGAUUGCCUAUGUUCUGGUCGAUCAAUCAACCGUUGAAUCUUUGAAGGCCACCGAACACUCCUUGUCGCCGCAUGUGAAAGCUAGGUACUACUCCCGAGGUGAAAGGGACGCUUUUAUCGAAGACAUUUACAAAGAAGACCCAAAGCUGGGCGCCGAACUUGAUAGAGAGUUUCAUCGGACUCCAACUCGGCUUAAAGAGGGGAAAAAGAUACACGAAUAG